AUGCAGUCGAAACAUUCCUCGCUGGACAUUCUCAUCGACGCUCGCGAUCCAAAAUCGCGUGAAUUGAUCGGGCAAGAUGUUCGCCUUAUUUACAACUCAAGGAAGUCUAAAUGUCUCUACCUUCAGAUGGACCGAUGGCGUUCGCUGGAGGUCACCAGCGAUACUUUGAAGCCACUUUGUGCUGCACUUCGACUUCUCAGCUCGCACAAUCCGACUCGAGGUGGUUCAGCAGCUUCGUGUCUUGAGUUCAUCAAGCUCAAGCGAUCCAAUGACUUUUACCAUGCCCAUGCAGAACAAUUCCUCCCUCCUCUGGAGCUUGAUAGUGUCCCAUUCGCCAUCUUGACUGGCGCGUCUGAUCAAGACACCCUUGCGCAAGUUCCUGCGCCAUGUCACCCCCUCCCGAAACUGCGACACGUGGAUAUCUUUGGUAUUCCGUUGAACUGGGCAGGUUUCAUUUGUACCCUUGGUGUGGGUCACUGCAUUCAGUCAUUGGAGCUUUCGUACCACGACAGAACUCUCAGGCCAACGUUUGAUCAGUUUUCAGCAAUAAUCAAUGUGUGUCCUCUGCUGCGAAGACUUCUCAUUAGGGAAUCUGGGCCGGUCCUUUCGCAGCCAUAUCACUGUCGCGGUGUCGUGUCACUUCCGAUGCUUGAGGAGCUUCACUUGGGGUAUGUGGGGUAUGUCGAGAUGGAUUCGUUGAUCGCGCUACUCAGUCGCCUUGACACCCCAAACCUUGUCGCACUUUCCAUCGAGGACGUAAAUCCCAUCAUUCCACGAGCUAUCAGCAAAACCAGCACAAACAUUGAAAGUCUCCUCAGCUACUGUGCAACUGGCUUCAGCAAGCACCCGGCAGCCGUCAGCAGAACUGGCUUGCUGUUUCCAAAGCUUCACAUCUUCAUGUCUGCUUUCUCUAAGCUGCAUGAUCUGUUGCUACUUCGCACACCAAAUGCGCUGGCAGCUCUCCUGCUGGAUGUGGACGCAACUAUACCCCUCCAUUCCAUCAUGUCCAUCCUGGUCUCUCCUGUCACACAACCAGAGUUCCUGAAGCUGAAGCAACUUAAGAACGUAGACCUUGUGUUGAUGGGAGACGUUGAAGAGUUGAGUCCUUCCAUAUCUUACCCGACAAUAUCAGAGAGUUACUACUAUGAUUGGGCUACCUGGUGA